UACAGGCUAACGUUAGCUCACUGAGCUAACCUGCUACAGGCUAACGUUAGCUCACUGAGCUAACCUGCUACAGGCUAACAUUAGCUCACUGAGCUAACCUGCUACAGGCGGUUUGCUGACUUGACGUUUCUAACCACCGUGACAUCGUUUGCUGCCGGUGCAUUAAUAUCGUAAGCUGUCCUCCAUGGCUCAGUUCGGGGGACAGAAAAACCCUCCAUGGGCAGCCCAAUUUGCUGCGACUGCGGUGUCUCAGCCCGGACAUUCUGCACAGUCCAUCGACUUGAACAGUUUACAUUCUUUAGGUGUACAGCAGCCUUCUCUUUUAGGUGCUUCUCCCUCCAUGUACUCCCAGCAGUCUGCCUUGGCUGCGGCGUCCCUUAACACGCAGUCCGCUGCCAAUUACCAGAUUUCCCAGCAGACUGCAGCUCUCCAACAGCAGGCAGCUGCAGCUGCUGCGGCUGCACUACAGCAGUCUCAGAUUAACUCAGCCCUGCAGCAGUACCAGCAGCAACAGCAACAGCAGCCACCCCAAGCUCCCCCACCACAGCCACCUCCUCAACAGACCCUCUACAAUGUCCCACAUCAGCUUCCUCAGCCUCAGCCUGCUCUGCUUUCACAGCCCCCUGUUGCUUUGCCGACCAGUAUGAGUUUGUCGAACCCACAGCAGACGGCACAGAUCACAGUAUCGUACCCGACCCCUCGAUCCAGCCAUCAGCAGCAGACUCAGCCACAAAAACAGCGUGUAUUCACUGGGGUUGUCAACAAGCUGCACGAUACAUUUGGGUUUGUGGAUGAAGAUGUCUUCUUCCAGCUUAGUGCUGUAAAAGGAAAAACACCCCAAGUGGGUGACCGUGUUCUGGUGGAGGCUGUCUAUAAUCCCAACAUGCCCUUUAAAUGGAAUGCCCAGCGCAUACAGACUUUACCUCAGUUACCCAACCAAACGGCGGCCCAGCCCUUACCUCAGGUUUCCCCACAGCUGUCCAGCUUUUACUCUGACGCAGGAGUACAGCGCUACACUGACACAUACACAGCGGUGGAUUCAAGACCAAAUAUGACAUGGAGCUGCACGUACACGGUGGAUUCGCCGCGUUUGGAUACCAAUAGUCAGCCUCCUGCUCCCAACAUGAUGAAGCCAGGCCCUUCCAUGAUUCAGUCUCUACCUCCACCUACCACGUUCAGCGUGCCGGCACAAGGGCCCCCUCCCUCUCUGCUUCAGGCUCAGCUUUCAGCAGCCUCUCUUGCUCCCUUGCUCCAGAAUCCUCCCCAACCUCUUCUUCCACAGCCACCUCCAAAAGAUUCAGUCUUUUCAGGGGGGUUGCUUCAGCCUCCAGUGCGAAUGAUGCCCCAACCUCAGCCUGUGAGACGCAUAGACCCCUCUCCUCGCUUUCCCAGCCGUAACGAUCGACCAGAACUCAUUCUGAGGAAAGAAGACAGAAGUCGGGAGAGAGACAGAGAGCGGAGGCGAUCCAGAGAGCGGUCCCCAGCACGAAAGCGCUCAAGGGACCGUUCACCUCGAAGAGAUCGCUCUCCUAGACGUCCACGAAGGGUUGUACCACGAUAUACCGUACAGUUCUCUAAGUUCUCCUUGGAUGGAUAUAAUUGUGACAUAAUGGAGCUUCGGCGGCGGUAUCAGAGUCUUUACAUCCCAAGUGAUUUCUUUGAUGCUGUAUUCACCUGGGUGGAUGCCUUCUCCUUAUCACGACCAUUUACCUUUGGAAACUACUGUAACUUCCAUAUCAUGCAUAAAGAAGUGGACUCUUUAGUAAAGAACACAGCUGUACUUGACCCUCCUGAUGCCAAUCAUACCUACAGUGCUAAGGUGAUGCUGCUUGCAAACCCAAGUCUCGAUGAACUAUAUCACAAGUCUUGUGCCUUGGCUGAUGAUCCACAAGAGCUGAGGGACUCUUUCCAGCAUCCAGCCCGCCUCAUUAAGUUCUUGGUUGGAAUGAGGGGCAAAGAUGAGGCCAUGGCGAUUGGUGGCCACUGGUCUCCAUCCUUGGAUGGAGCCGACCCAGAGAACGAUCCCUCAGUCCUUAUAAAAACAGCAAUACGUUGUUGUAAGGCUCUGACAGGCAUUGAUCUGAGUUUGUGUACCCAGUGGUAUCGUUUUGCAGAGAUUCGCUAUCACCGCCCUGAGGAGACUCACAAAGGGCGGACAGUUCCCGCACAUGUGGAGACAGUGGUUUUAUUUCUCCCGGAUGUUUGGCAUUGUCUUCCUACCCGCUCAGAGUGGGAAGAACUGUCCCGCGGACUCAAGGAGCAGCUGGCAGAGAAACUCUUGGCUGAACGGAAGGAGGCUGAUGGAGAACAGGAGGAAGAGGACAAAGAUGAAGACGAUUCAAAAGAGGUUACCACCCCCACCCACUGGUCUAAACUUGAUCCGAAGUCCAUGAAGGUGAAUGAUUUGCGCAAGGAACUGGAAAACCGUUCCCUGAGCUCUAAAGGACUGAAGUCCCAGUUGAUAGCACGGCUCACGAAGCAACUGAAGGUGGAGGAGCAAGUGGAGGAAUCGAAAGAGCCUGAGAAGGCUGAGCCUACCAGUGUGGAGGAGGAGGAACCCUGCAGAACGGAGGAAGAUCGUGAGGAAGAGGAACGUAAACGACAAGAGGAGUUGGAGCGUCAGCGUAGGGAAAGGCGUUAUAUUCUCCCAGAUGAACCAACAAUCAUUGUUCACCCCAACUGGGCAGCCAAGAAUGGCAAAUUUGACUGCAGCAUCAUGUCUCUGAGUGUGCUGUUGGACUACAGACUGGAGGAUAAUAAAGAGCACUCCUUUGAGGUCUCGUUGUUUGCUGAACUUUUCAAUGAAAUGCUUCAACGAGAUUUUGGCUACAGGAUCUACAGAGCUCUUAUUGCCAUCCCGAAUAAGGACGAGAAAAAAGAAAAGAAAGAUAAGGCAAGAAAAGAUGUAGAUAGGAAAGAAGCUGACAGGAGGGAUAUAAAGAAGGAAAAAGAGGAUGAGAAUGCUGAGCCAGUCUCAAAAAGAUCAAGAGAGGAGGAUGAUAAAAGGAGGGAUGAAGACAAGGAGAGGACUUUGAAGAAAGAAGAAUCCAAGGAUGACGAGGAUAAUGAAGAUGAAAGCAGCAAUAACAAUGCUGACGAGUAUGAUCCGAUGGAGGCUGAAGACGCUGAUGAAUAUGACGAUGAAGAUAAAGAUGACGACGAUUCCAACGGAAGGGAUAGGAGGGAUGACCGCCGUGAUGACAGAAAAUCAAGGGAUAGAUCAUCUAAAGAUAAAGAUGACAAAAAGAAGCAGAUGGUCACGUAUGACAAAGAUCUCCUGAUGGCUUUUGUGUACUUUGACCAAAGCCACUGUGGCUACUUGAUGGAGAAAGAUCUGGAGGAAAUUAUGUACACAUUGGGCUUGCAUCUCUCGAGAGCUCAGGUAAAGAAACUGCUGAGCAAGCCGUUAGUGAAGGAGUGCUGCUACUACAGAAAGCUAACGGAUCGAGCCAAAGAUGAACCCAGCCCAGUCGUAAGCGCUGAUUCUCAACACGAGAACGCCUUGGGUAAUCGACCUCUGCUGCCCAGUCAGAAGACAAAACGUGAGACAGCGGACAGUGACUCAGGCAGCCUUAUCGUUUAUAAUGGCGCUAUGGUAGAUGUGGGCAGCAUGCUACAGAAACUGGACAAGAGUGAGAAAGCCAGAGAGGGGAUUGAGCAGAAACUCAUUCAGCAGGACACUAAAAUGGAUGAAGAUGCCAAACACAUAUCAGAAAUCGAGUCAACUAACCGCAGUCUGAUGAGAGAUCUGGAGCAGGUGAAAUCCAGCUUGAGAGAGACUGAAAAGAACCUCAGAGGCUGUGAACAGCAGAAGAGCAGCUACCAGGAGCAUCUUCGUAGAACUCUGUUAAGCCUCGGCACUGUAAUGAAGGACUUGCAGAGUAUUGUACCUAAUGAUGAUCAUCCUGAAGAUGGUGAGAAGAAAACUCAGACUAAUGGCUCAGAUGACUGACCUACCGUUGCGUGUGCAUCUCUGACCUGUUAACAUGUUUAAACCUGUAAAUAAGCACUAAGCUUCUGUAUUUGGAAGCUGUUGGGUUGUUUUGUACAAGUUUUAAAGAAAGAGGAGGUCAUGAUUUUAGUUUUUUUUUUUUUUCCUCAUUCAUUUUUCUGACUUUAUACAUAAUUUAUGUUCAUUAAUUUCAUUCAGUAAAAGGCUUAUCAAGUUCCUUUGUGAUAUUUAAUUCUUGUUCUAAUAUGAUAAGUGUCAAUGAUUUGAGAAUUCUAGUAAACGAUUUUUUUUCCAGUUGCCAGUAAUCUUUUCAUUUCUGUCCAUGUUUGAUCCAUAUGCUUGGAGGUAUGAGUGAUUUAUCUACAUUUAAUUAGCAAUAACGUUAUUUAUGUGUACAGAGUGUGUAGAACAGGAGACGAGGGUUAAUUCACGUUAGAACCUGGGUAGUAGUGUGUUGGGUGCUGAGCCAGGCUCAGGGUAGUUAUCGUUUUGUUUUUCUGAUGCCACAUCACAUCUUUUGUGUAAUAUCUUUGCCAGCACAUUGCUAAAUUGCUGCUAUCUUGUAUGUUGGUACGAUCUAUGCUGAUGCAUGCAUAUUUGCUUAAUCCUGACAGUUCAGAGUGUUUUUUCUGUAAUCUUUUGGUAUCUCCUUAGUAUGGGGAUGGCACUGUGCGCAUGGGUCUUUUUUUUGGUCAUUUCAAACGUUAAUUCUGGCACAAAAGCUCAAGUGUGUUUUUGAUACAGUGGUUGUGUAAUACUCUGCAUAGUAUUUCACUCUGCAGAAUAUUCCAGAAUUGUGGUUUGUGCGAAUGUGAAAAAUGAUUUCCCAUAUUAUUUACCUCUGGUCAGUCAUCAUCUGUUUGAAACGGGUGGGUUAUAGGGAAUGGAAAAGAGCCAAACUUAGUAAAAAUGAGCCCAAAGCAACCAAGUGCAUAUUAUUUUUCUAAUUCAGAUGUACUGUCAUGGUUGUUCUGUGUAAAAAUAAAAUGGUUCAUUUUAACAUUUUAA